GAUGAAAUCUCAACAGUUAUUGGUUCAUCAGAACGGACGUCACACGAUUCGCUGCUCUCAUUGGUUAGUUUACCCGUCACUCACUGUCAGAUGCCAGAAAAAAAUUCGCUCUACAACUUGCGUCGCUGUUGCUGCAUAACAACCGUCGCCAAUAGGACAAACAAGCGGGGUAAACAUGCUGAAAGCUAAAGCUGCGCUGUGAACCAAAGGUCACCAUGGAGACGAAAGUUGCGCCUGCGCAGUGCGCUAAUGAUAGCUCUGAGACCUGCACCGUGUCUGUCAAAGGUCUAACAGAGAACUGGCAGAAGUGGUCUAACGAUCACUGUGAAAACCAGAAACACAACCCCUUUAGCAACGGCAGGGUGGUACCUCCUGGCAUCCAGCGAGGACAGGAGGGCUACGGCAAGCCUUUAGAAGGCUCCAAAACAGAGCAGAGAGGGAAAGAUGCCCACACUCACAUUAGCAGAGAGGUCACAGAGCUCUGCCAGGUGAUCAGAGACAUUGGGGUGAAUGGAGAGGAUGGCAGGCCCGCUGUGCGUUUUGAUGCACUUUUCGAACACUACGUUACGAUUUCUAAUAAAGUAGUGGGAGUUCUGCUGCGUGCACGCAAGCAAGGGUUUGUGCACUUUGAGGGCGAGAUGCUAUGGCAGGGGAGAGAUGAUGGAGUGGUCAUUACCUUGUUACAGUGAUUUACUGUACAGCAAUAA